CACAAGCUCUCCAUUGAAUAAUCAACCGAGCAACCAACCAACUGUUACCGGUAUCAUACGGCAUCUAUCCUCCCCCAAGAUAGUUUCACACAACUCUCCUUGCAACACAAUCAUGGAGUCCACGACUCAAGCACUUUCUGAAAUUUUUCCACCGACACCAUUGUUCACGGAAAAAGACCUCCCGGAUCUUCUCUCCAAGGUCUACAUCGUCACCGGGGGAGCCUCCGGCGUCGGCAAAGAGCUCUGCAAGAUACUCUACGACAAGUCUGCUACCGUCUAUCUUGCCGGGCGCAGUCAACAAAAUGCUGAAAAUGCUAUCUCUUGGAUCAAAUCCGAAGUCGCCAACACAAGCGGAAGACUCGAGUUCUUGAAUUUGGAUUUGAACGAUCUGUCUACUAUCAAGCGCUCUGCGCAAGACUUCCUCGCGAAGGAGAAUCGCUUAGAUGUUGUUUGGCAUAACGCUGGUGUUAUGAUGCCGCCGAGCGGGUCCAAGACCAAACAAGGUUAUGAAUUGCAACUCGGAACAAACGUGAUAGCUCCGUGGCUAUUCCAGAGUUUUCUUACUCCGUUGAUGCAGCGGACGGCCGCUCUACCGGAUACGCUAAAGGAUAGCGUUCGUGUUAUUUGGGUGUCGUCUGGGGCAAAUAAUGCUUCUCCUACCCCUGGAGGGAUCAACUGGCCCGACAUCAACUUCGAAAAUGUCGGCUGGGGCAUCCCUAGGCUAUUCACUCUGAAAUUUGAAAUAUACGGUCAGAGUAAAGCGGCGAACAUCAUUUUAGGAGCCGAGGCAGUUAAAAGAUGGAGCGGAUCAGGAAUCCUCUCCGUCUCUCUUAAUCCGGGAAAUUUGAGAACAGCUCUAACGAGGCAUGUCGCUGGGAGAUUCCUAACCUCGAUAAUUAACUUAGCGCUCUACCCGCCGUACUACGGUGCCUUGACAGAGCUUUUCGCUGGCCUAUCUCCACAAGUCGACGAGUCGCGUAACGGUUCACAUGUCAUCCCCUGGGGUAGAUUCGGCAAUCCGAGAAGUGAUAUUGUGCGUGGCUACGGUGAGAAUGGCCCGAAAUUGUGGGAUUGGAUAGAGAGCGAAUGCAGGGAAUUCAUGUAAAGGACUUGUAAGCUCUUUCUCAUUCUUAACUAGCAUCGCUCCAA